CGCCGGCCGCUUCCCAGCCUGGCUGAAAGGACUCGCGCAGCCGGCCUUGUCGGCCCUUAAAGCGCUCACUGGGCGGCCUGGCCCCAACUCCCCUCCCGAGCCGCGCAAAGGGAGAGCUCCUGGCUCUCGUCGGCUCCCCAGGUUUGCUUUCCUUUUUUUCCCCGAAGGUGGGCCCUGAGGUCCACCGCCGCGAAGCCUGCGGCCGCCGGAAAACCCAAACCCGAGUGUCCCGAGACUAACCGGAAGUGCGGUCCCUGGCGGAGGGGCGGUGCCGGCGGCUGCCGGGGAAAGGGAAGAAUUGAGUGUUAUGAAUACUCAUGGACUUGAGACUUUUUGAGGCCAAAAGCAAGACUGGCUUGAGUCUUCAUUGUUAUGAGUUCUUGGGAAGACUCAAGGAGGUAAUCCAUGCAGUCAAUGAAAGAACUUGCUCUUCCUUGAGAAACCACGUUCUCAGGACCAGGAAGUCAAGGCUGCGUUCCUUCCGGUUAGCUUCUGGGGUUGGAAAUACCAAGUAAGGAAUCAGCAUAUAUGAUGCUGGAAACGUUUAGAGACGAGCUGCUCCUGACUGAAAGGCCUACGACAGAUGUGUCUUUCAAGUUCUUACCAAGAAAACAACUAUGAAGAACAUGAUGGGUCAAGAAGACCAGUGGAAAACUCCCUAGGAGAGAGCCAUAGAAAAUGUUCACUUCAGAAGAGAAAUAUAAUCAGAGAACUCAGAAGAGGAAAAUCUAUCAUGGAUGCCCUCAGAAGGGUAGAAAGAUUUUUAUUCAUGUGCAUGAGAUUACUCAAAUAGAUGAUCAGAUAUACCAGUGCCUUGCAUGCGAGCAAAACUUCUGUGAGAACUUAGCUCUUAUUAUGUGUGAGAGAUCCCACACUGGGGAGAAACCUUAUAGAUGUGAUAUGUGUGAGAAAACCUUCGUCCAAAGCUCAGAUCUUACUUCACACCAGAGGAUUCACAAUUACGAGAAACCUUAUAAAUGUAGCAAAUGUGAGAAGAGCUUUUGGCACCACCUGGCCCUUUCGGGACACCAGAGAACACAUGCAGGUAAAAAAUUCUAUACAUGCGAUAUUUGUGGCAAGAAUUUCGGUCAGAGCUCUGAUCUGCUUGUCCACCAGCGAAGCCAUACAGGCGAGAAACCGUAUCUGUGUAGUGAGUGUGAUAAAUGUUUCAGUCGAAGCACAAACCUCAUAAGGCACCGAAGAACUCACACAGGGGAGAAACCGUUUAAGUGUCUGGAGUGUGAAAAAGCUUUUAGUGGGAAAUCAGAUCUUAUUAGCCACCAGAGAACUCAUACUGGCGAAAGGCCCUACAAAUGUAAUAAGUGUGAGAAAAGCUACCGACACCGUUCAGCCUUCAUUGUUCAUAAAAGAGUUCAUACUGGGGAGAAGCCCUAUAAGUGUGGUGCCUGUGAGAAAUGCUUUGGCCAGAAAUCCGACCUUAUUGUACACCAGAGAGUCCAUACAGGUGAGAAGCCGUAUAAAUGCUUGGAAUGUAUGAGAAGUUUUACCCGGAGUGCCAACCUAAUCAGGCAUCAGGCAACUCACACUCACACUUUUAAAUGCCUUGAAUAUGAGAAAAGUUUCAGCUGUAGCUCAGACCUCAUUGUGCAUCAAAGAAUUCACAUGGAAGAGAAACCACAUCAGUGGUCUGCGUGCGAGAGCGGCUUCCUCCUGGGCAUGGACUUUGUUGCCCAACAGAAAAUGAGAACGCAGACCGAGGAGCUGCAUUACAAAUACAGUGUGUGUGAUAAAAGCUUCCACCAGAGCUCAGCCCUUCUUCAACAUCAGACAAUCCAUCUCGGUGAAAAACCAUAUCUCUGUAAUAUGGGCGAGAAGGGUCUUGAGCUCAGUCCUCCCCAUGCAUCAGAAGCCUCACAAAUGUCUUGAACAGACAAGAAGUUAGAACACCCUAAGAAAUGUACUUAAAACAUGUCAGAGGACCCAGUAAAGAGCUCUGGGCAAAUCUCAGACUUUCCUCAGAGCUCAGACUUCUGUGGGGACCAGAGAAUACAGCUGUGGGAAGUCGAGAAAUGGUUUGCCCAGAGAGUGAGCCUCACAGAACACUUAAUCAGUCACUUCAGUGAGAAACCUUAACAGAUGCCCUGAGGCUUGGGAAAAACCUUUAGUCCAAGCUUGUAUCUGAUCACCCACAAGGGGAUUCCUACAGGUAAGAAACCUUACAGAUGCAGUGAGUGUGGGAGAGUUUUCUAGCAGUGCUCAAGCCCUCCUCAUUCCGAGAGAAUUCACACCAGAGGACUUCUUAAGUGCCCUCAGUGUCAACAGAGCUUUGGACAGUAUGCACGUCGCACUGGACGUCAGAAAGCCCACAAUGGGGAGAAACCCCAGCAAGUGUGUAAAAGGCUUCUUACGACUUUUCUUACUCUUCAGAGAAGCCAUACUGGUGAAAACGUGUAUAUUUGUCUUGAAUGUGGCAAAAACAUGAGUUGGAGAGCCGCCUUGGGUUUGCACCAAAGAAACCCAAUCUGAGUAAAGACCUUACAGGGUCUCUGAGUGAGAAAAACUUCUGUCAAUGAACAGCUCUCGUGGUACACCGGGGAACUCACAUUAGUGAAAAACCCUCUUGAGUCUGAAAAAAGCCUUGCUAGAAACUCCUCCCUCAUUGGGUCCCAAAGAACGUGCUCUGUGGAGAAUUCUGCGCCAGUGAGAGCUCGAACUGUGGACUGUGUACAUAUAAUAGGUAACAGUUGACCCAUAUGGUAGAGGUGACUUUCAGUGGCGGCAGUAUGUAAACCGUUGUUCAGAUACCCAGAAACUUGUUCUGGGAGGAGCUAGGGCAGGUCACAGUAGGCCUGAUGGGUAACUCAGGUAAAGAUGCUUUUCUUUUAUCUGAACCACUUAAUGAUUGCUUUACUUUUCACUUUUUAAAAUUUGGAAAUCCAAUAAAGAAAAGGACUGUAACUUUGUGAUAGAAGGUGUGGCAUGUGUUCCUAUUGGGGGAAAAGGAUUAUAUUGAUUCAGCCUUUGUCGAUUUUUAAUUCUUGGCUAGAAUGGGGACUAGUGUGUUGACAGUAGCCUGGGAAUCUUUUCCUGGUAGUGAAAAGAACUGAACAGCUAGGGAGUAGUUCCCCUAGAUCAGAAUUCUUCCCAAAAGUUCCCCCUUUGGAGGGCCAACCUCAUAAAGAGAAUACUCAACGUUUUACUUAGUGUGAGUUAAGGCAUUGCCCUCAAAAAUUUCCUUUUCCUCAAACAUCUUUGAGAGGAUCACUGGCAUUUGAAAUUUCAGCUUUAGAGAUUCAUUUCUUUUAAACUCAGAAACGCAGAUUUCAGUUUAACAGUCGUGUCCUGAUGUCGCUAGCUAGCAUCCCAUAUUUUGAUGACUUUAACUUGUCUCUUUCACUGAUAAAAUGCUCUUCAGCUCCUUGCAGAAUGAUUAAGGUAAACCAAAAGAAAGGUUUAAGUCUGAGGAGGCACAAAGUAAAACACAUAAGGAUGCGUCAUUCAUGAAGGAGCUAAAACUUCGUGAUUUUGAGUGUCCCACACUCUAAAGCUGGCAUUCUUUUCACUCCAUUUUCCUGCUGUUUUUAGCGAAUCAAGCCCCAUGAUGAUAUGCCUUUCAUUUAUUUCAGUUCUUCCAAGGAAAGAAAAUACUUUUUAUUCCCAGGGAAAGGAUUGCAGUCACCACAACAUAAGGUAUCUGUGUGGCUUGGAACGUCGAUUCUGAAUGCUAGAAGGGAAAAGGAGUGGUCAGGUUUAUCAGACAUUUAAGGAUAAGCACUUAUCUCCGAUUUAACAGAAUAAUUAAUGAUUAUCUGUAACAUUCUCUAGAAAUACUAUAAUUAAUCCAAUGAUUAUAGAUGGACAAUUCUGAGGGUUUUUUUCUUCCCUUAGAUUAAAAGACAUUUAAUAUAAAUGCUUAAGAUUCCUACAGUAUUUGGGGCAAUAGACUAGUGAGUAAAUACUCUUGCUAGUCUGGGUUCUCUGGUUUAUUUUAACAAAUCCCUGCACUCGAGAGAGUGUUGGCAUCAGACUUAAGGAGGUGGCCAGCUGCUGCCUGUGUACGGCUCUAAGCUUUGAUCCUAACGACUGGUUGAUGAGCUUGAUAAUCUUAGGGUCAGUGGAUAGAGCUUAUAGUGAUAAUAAGGAAUCUGGUUCUAGGGUGGGGUUUUCUUGGGUUUUUUUUGGUCUUUUUUUUUUUCUUUUUAGAAAACAAAUGCUGGAAGUUUAUUUGAUCUGUUGUGUUUUAGUAAUUUUCAUAAAAUAGCUCUUAUACCACGAGAAGUUGCCCAGUGUGCUAAAACACGCAAGAUGUAUUUGUUUCUCUUUGGUGCAGGUCAUGCCUAUCACUAGUAUAUGUUUGGUGGUUGUAAUACUUAAAAUAGUAUUGGGUAUAUGGCAUGGUGGUGACGAAAGUUAGUCCUUAUGGCUACUUGUUAGUCAUUAGAACUUGGAGAAGGGGACAGAGUUUGUAUCGUUGGUAGGGCAAUGACUUGCCCCUUCUUUCAACUAAUCUUACUGGUCAUUGUCUCUAGUCUUUAAGUAAAUUAAGGAUGGACCAUCCCUCCAAUGGAGAACAGUCGGGGUUCUGAGACAGGUCUGAGUGUGAGGGCUUUAGUCGUGGGGAAAAAGGUGUUGGUGUUCUUCAUAGAGCAUAACCUGAGGUUGGAGAGACCACUUGGGAGCCUGUAGCCAAAACUAGAAGGUAACUUCUGGGAUGGAUGGAGGUUCUCUUGAGACAGUGCCGACCUAAAUCUACCUCAGGUAAGUAGUUAGAGUAACUUUUUCAAGAUUUCAGACCAAACGAGACACUUGUAUUCAGUCAAUGUAUUCCUAUGCUUUACUGUUUUUGUUUUUCCUUAAUUCUUAAAUAAACAUUUAUUCUGAAAAACUUCA